AUGGAUACGUACGCGCUGCAUCUAGCGAUGGCGGCUCUAGUCGGAGCAUCAUGUGUGGCAGUAUCCGCUUAUUAUAUGCAUCGCAAAACCCUAACUCAACUUCUCGAGUUCGCCAAGACGGUAGAGAGAGAACGAGAAAGAGAAGACGACUCCGAUGGAGGCGGCGGAUCGUCGCCGCAGCAUUUGAAGAAGCGGCGGAGUCACGGACGGAGGGAAGGAAGUAAAGGUUACUACAAUAAGCGUGGCUCGGCUUCGUUACCGGAUGUGACGGCGAUUUCUGGUGGUGGAAUUGAUGGAGAGGAGAAACGGAACGGUCAGGUGGUUUAUGUCGAAGGGAUUCCGACUGGAUUGCCGAGACUUCAAACCUUGCCUAAAGGGAAAUCUGCUGGGCAUGUCAAGAGGCAUGGAAGUUUUAUCAGACCAACUUCUCCAAAGUCUCCUGGUGCCAGUGCUAGUGCCUUUGACAGUGUGGAAGGAUCAGAUGAUGAAGAUAAUAUGACUGACAAUUCUAAACUAGACACUUCAUAUCUGCAUAUUAAUGGAAAUGCUGAUAUAAAGGAUGUUUUACCACAACACGUUAAUGCAAAUGGAGACCAAAUGGCUAUACCUGCUUCAAGCAUGAUUCGAUCCCAUAGUGUGUCUGGUGACCUGCAUGGUGUUCAGCCCGAUCCUAUUGCAGCUGAUAUUCUAAGGAAAGAGCCAGAACAAGAAACUUUUGCACGACUUAAAAUUUCCCCUAUGGCAGAGGUGCCAUCACCAGAUGAAGUGGAGUCCUAUAUAGUUCUUCAAGAAUGCCUUGAAAUGCGAAAAAGGUAUCUAUUCAAAGAAGCCAUUGCUCCAUGGGAGAAAGAAAUUAUUUCUGAUCCUAGCACACCAAAGCCUAAUCCCGAUCCAUUCUCCCAUACACCAGAGGGAAAAUCUGAUCAUUAUUUUGAGAUGCAAGAUGGGGUCAUCCAUGUCUAUCCAAAUAAAGACUCUAAGGAAGAACUUUUUCCUGUUGCUGAUGCGACAACGUUUUUCACUGAUUUGCAUCACAUACUUCGUGUUAUUGCUACUGGAAAUAUCAGAACUCUAUGUCAUCAUCGCCUGAAUCUCCUAGAACAAAAAUUCAACCUUCAUUUGAUGCUUAAUGCGGAUAGAGAGUUUCUUGCUCAGAAAAGUGCUCCACAUCGUGACUUUUAUAAUGUCAGGAAAGUUGAUACGCAUGUUCAUCAUUCUGCAUGCAUGAACCAGAAACAUCUUUUAAGGUUUAUAAAGUCAAAAUUGAGGAAAGAGCCUGAUGAGGUUGUGAUUUUUCGAGAUGGAACAUAUUUGACUUUGAAAGAAGUGUUUGAGAGUUUGGAUUUGACUGGUUAUGAUCUCAAUGUCGACCUCUUAGACGUUCAUGCAGACAAGAGCACAUUUCAUCGCUUUGAUAAGUUCAACCUGAAGUACAAUCCCUGUGGUCAAAGUAGGCUCAGGGAGAUUUUCCUUAAACAAGAUAAUCUCAUCCAAGGCCGUUUCCUUGGUGAACUGACAAAACAAGUCUUUUCUGAUCUCUCUGCUAGUAAAUAUCAGAUGGCUGAAUACAGAAUAUCAAUAUAUGGUAGAAAGCAAAGUGAAUGGGACCAAUUGGCUAGUUGGAUAGUGAAUAAUGACUUGUACAGUGAAAACGUUGUUUGGUUAAUCCAGCUUCCAAGACUGUACAAUAUCUACAAGGAUAUGGGGAUUGUGACAUCAUUUCAGAAUAUUCUUGAUAAUAUCUUUAUUCCGCUUUUCGAGGUUACAAUUGAUCCAGAUUCGCAUCCUCAGUUGCAUGUUUUCUUGAAACAGGUUGUUGGGCUGGACUUGGUUGAUGACGAAAGCAAACCUGAAAGACGGCCGACAAAGCACAUGCCUACGCCAGCUCAAUGGACCAAUGUGUUCAAUCCUGCAUUUUCAUACUAUGUUUAUUAUUGUUAUGCCAACCUCUACACACUAAACAAGCUUCGUGAGUCAAAGGGCAUGACAACUAUCAAAUUCCGUCCCCAUUCUGGAGAGGCUGGUGAUAUUGACCAUCUUGCAGCCACAUUUCUUACGUGUCAUAAUAUCGCCCAUGGGAUCAAUCUGAGGAAAUCUCCUGUACUUCAGUAUUUGUAUUAUCUGGCACAGGUUGGCUUGGCUAUGUCUCCUCUGAGCAACAAUUCCUUAUUUUUAGACUACCAUAAGAACCCUUUUCCCAUGUUUUUCCUAAGGGGUCUCAAUGUUUCUCUUUCCACCGAUGAUCCGCUCCAAAUCCACUUAACAAAAGAGCCCUUGGUGGAAGAAUAUAGCAUAGCUGCUUCUGUGUGGAAGUUGAGUGCAUGCGAUCUGUGUGAGAUUGCCCGGAAUUCUGUCUACCAAUCAGGUUUCUCGCAUGCUUUGAAGUCGCAUUGGAUUGGUAAAGAGUACUACAAGAGAGGACCAGAUGGAAAUGAUAUUCACAAGACAAAUGUUCCACAUAUCCGGGUGGAAUUUCGAGACGCGAUAUGGAGAGAGGAGAUGCAACAGGUUUAUCUUGGCAAGGCCAUUAUCCCUGACGAUGUGGACAAACUGGAGACUAAGGUGUUACACAAUCAAACCAAUGGCAAGAAGGGAAUCUCUCAAGCUUUAGUUUUGCUUCGGACAUCAACAGCUGCCGCCGCCAUUAUUAUUACUUCGGAGAUAGAAGGUAUACAGCCAACCCAAAGGCAUACAUGGAAAAGAAAACUGAGGCAUAAAUGGAACUCGCAUUCAAAGGUAUCAUGA